AUGCUCGACAGGCUCGGGAAUCUGGUCGUGGAUCCGAAUCUGCUCCAAUACGACUUGCUCAACAGCGGCAUCUCGCGCGACGCGCACCGCCUCACGUCGUACCAAAUGGCGCUUUUCCUGUGGUGCAAGCGAGCCCACUCGCGGCGGUUCGAGCCCAAGUUCUGGUCGCACUCGCUCCAGAAGCUGCGCGAACACCACGGUCACGUGCCCGAGGUGCUACACUACUUGCACCAGCGAUCGCUCCUUGUGCGCACGGCCAACGACGCCGACGACGACCGGCUCUUGAUGGAAAUCUCGACGACCGUGCCCCCCACACGCAAGACGCUCGGGCUCUUCCAGCGCCCCGUGGUUUGCUUUGCGACGAACGACACCAUCGAGGCCCUUGUCGCCGCGCACCUCGUGCCCUCCGAGGCCGACGCCGUCGAGGUCGGCCGCGUCCUGCUCGUGAAAGGCGCUAUUCACAUGACCGACGACCCUCAAGUGUUUCGGCACGACGCGUACUUUACGAUUGUCAAGCGGUCGGUGAAAGUGGCCCCCGUCGAGAAGAGUCGCAAGACCAGCGGUGGCUCCAUCACGCCAGAAAAAACAACUGUGGGCACAUACAAUAAGUGA